CCUCUCAAAUUUUUUCUCCUCAAAAUCCCUAGAAUUUAUUCUCUUGUUAAAUCGGCGAUUUCCAUCUUGAUUCUCUCCUUGCGUUGUGGAUCAAGCUCAGAAGGAGCUCAACCUGAGAUAAGUGGGUUUUUUGAGGGGAAAUUGAGCUAUUUGGUUCCAGGAUUGUAUGAUUGUUGGAGAUGUCGGGACCGCUGGAUCGAUUCGCCAGGCCAUGUUUUGAUGGGUCCUCCAGUGUUGAUGACAGGAAGGAGAGAAAAUCUGAUUUUGACUGCUCAGAAGAUGAAAGGAGGACAAGAAUUGGAUCGCUGAAAAAAAAGGCAAUAGAUGCAUCCACUAAAUUCAGGCAUUCUUUGAAGAGGAGAAGCAGGAGGAAGAGCAACGGCCGUAUCAAUUCUGUUUCAAUUGAAGAUGUGAGGGAUAUCGAGGAGCUUGAGGCUGUUGACGCGUUUCGCCAGUCUUUGAUUUUGGAUGAGUUGCUACCUGCAAGACAUGAUGAUUACCACAUGUUGCUAAGAUUCUUGAAGGCUAGGAAAUUUGAUGUUGAGAAAGCAAAACAUAUGUGGGCUGAAAUGCUUCAAUGGAGGAAGGAGUUCGGUGUUGACACUAUUUUGGAGGACUUUGAGUACACUGAGUUGGAUGAAGUGCUUAAGUACUAUCCACAUGGUUAUCAUGGUGUGGACAAGGAGGGUAGGCCUAUUUACAUUGAAAGGCUUGGAAAAGUUGAUCCCAACAAACUCAUGCAAGUGACGACUUUGGAUCGAUACGUAAGAUAUCAUGUGCUGGAGUUUGAGAAAAGCUUCCAGAUUAAGUUCCCUGCUUGUUCAAUUGCUGCAAAAAAACACAUUGAUUCUAGCACAACAAUUCUGGAUGUUCAAGGCUUGGGCAUGAAGAACUUCAGCAAAACUGCUCGAGAACUGAUUCAGAGGCUGCAAAAAAUUGACUCUGACAAUUACCCAGAGACUUUACACAGAAUGUUCAUCAUCAAUGCUGGCACCGGUUUUAAGCUUCUGUGGAACACUGUUAAAUCUUUUCUUGAUCCUAAAACUACCUCAAAGAUUCAUGUUCUUGGAAGCAAGUAUCAGAACAAACUGCUUGAAAUAAUUGAUCCAAGUGAAUUGCCGGAGUUUCUUGGUGGUACUUGUACCUGUGCUGAUUUAGGUGGAUGCCUUAAAUCAGAAAAGGGCCCAUGGAAAGAUCCCAACAUUUUGAAGAUGGUUGAAAAUGGUGAAGCACGAUAUUCCAGACAAAUUGUAACUGUUUCCAAUGGUGAUGGAAAGAUCAUUGCUUAUGCGAAGCCACCAUACACAGCAGUAAAGUUAAGUGAUACAUCUACCGCUGAGUCUGGUUCCGAAGCAGAAGACAUGACUUCACCAAAGCCAAGAAGAAGUUACAUGUCACAUCCUCAAUUGACCCCUGUGCAUGAAGAGGCAAAGCUCGGAAAGGUUGGGUUGUCUGUUGGCUUUGUAGAGUAUGAAGAGUCUGUUCCCAUGGUUGACAAGGCUGUAGUGACUGGUUGGAAAAGGGAGGAUUCCAACCCAAUGCUUCCAGCCUCCAAAGGGGCAGUUUACUUAUCUGACACAGUGAAGUCUCAGGAAGGAUACUGUACACAAAUAGUUGCAUUCCUUAUGACCUUAAUCAUGACUCUUUUUACAUUAUGCUGCUCAAUGACUAAUCAUGUGAUGAAGAAGCUUCCUGAUCAAGCUCAGCAAAAUAGCCAAUGUCAUUCCUUGUCAUCGGAGUCAUCACCCAAAGAAGAAUUUCGUCCACCAUCACCAACUCCAGGAUUUACACAGGCUGAUCUACUUUCAUCUCUUGUAAAACGGCUGGCAGAGCUGGAAGACAAGGUGGACACGCUGCAAGCAAAGCCAUCUGAAAUGCCCUAUGAGAAAGAGGAAUUACUCAAUGCUGCUGUUCGCCGGGUUGAUGCAUUGGAAGCUGAGCUUAUAUCCACAAAGAAGGCUUUGUAUGAGGCAUUAAUGAGGCAAGAAGAGUUGCUUGCAUACAUUGAUCGGCAACAGGAUGCCAAGUUCCGGAAGAAGAAAUUCUGUAUAUGAAACAUGAGGAAUGCACAGAUCAAUCUGGCCAAGGUCGUCUGUACUGCCUCGUCAUGCUUUAUGAUGGGAGAAACAGGUUCUCAUUAGCAUGUGUUGUUGGAGAACUUACUUUAUCCUGUAAAAAUCUUAACAUUAUUUUUCAUGUUAAACACUUUGCCUUGCAUUCUUUGUCAUCGUGUCAGCAGAGUGCGAUGCUACUGUGACGAACUUGUGUGCUUGCAGUGUUGCAGUUGCAUCUGAGUUUGUAAUAUAAUGGUCAAUGUUGUUGUGAGGAAAAAAGGCUCAAAAGAUGAUCUGUUUUAAUGUUAA